AUUGAUCCGGCGGCGCGGGAUUGGCCAGUCCGGGCCAACACGGGUGGCGGGAGUUUUCAGAUGUGUUGGCUGCGGCCCCGACUUCAGCGGUUGGACUAGGCUGUGGUGACUGGGAGACGGACCCCGGGAGACAAACCCAUUGCCGAUCCCUCAGCUCCCCACUUGCAGCUUGCUGAGUGGCCACCUUCUUUCCGGUCCCCAGAGCUGCAGGGAAAGAUGGAACGGCACCGGCCGCGGCUGCACCACCCUACCCAAGGCUCAGCCACUGGGACUCCCUACCCUUCCUCAGCCUCACUCCGCGGCUGCCGGGAAAGCAAGAUGCCGGGCAGGAAGGGCCCCCAACGCCCUCCGCCGCCCGGUGGCCCCGAGGAGCCUGGGGAGAAGCGCCCCAAAUUUCAUUUAAAUAUUAGGACACUGACGGAUGAUAUGCUGGACAAAUUUGCCAGCAUAAGAAUUCCAGGGAGCAAGAAAGAGAGACCUCCACUUCCCAACCUGAAGAUGACAUUUGCAAGCAGUGAUUGCUCAGCGGCACCUUUAGAGAUGAUGGAGAACUUUCCAAAGCCAUUGUCAGAGAGUGAACUCUCUUAAGAACUUUUUGAAAAAAUGAUGGAAGAUAUGAAUUUAAAUGAAGAUAAAAAGGCACCAUUGCGGGAAAAGGACUUCAGUAUCAAAAAAGAAAUGGUGAUGCAGUACAUUAAUACUGCUUCUAAGACAGGGAGUCUUAAGAGAAGCCGACAGAUCUCACCUCAGGAAUUCAUUCAUGAGCUGAAAAUGGGGUCUGCAGAUGAGAGACUUGUCACAUGCCUGGAGUCUCUCCGAGUGUCUUUGACCAGCAAUCCUGUGAGUUGGGUGGAAAACUUUGGACAUGAGGGGCUUGGAUUAUUACUAGACAUUUUGGAAAAACUGAUUAGUGGAAAAAUCCAAGAAAAAGUUGUAAAGAAAAAUCAACAUAAAGUCAUACAGUGUCUAAAAGCCCUGAUGAAUACGCAGUAUGGCUUGGAAAGAAUUAUGAGUGAGGAGAGGAGUCUUUCCUUAUUGGCCAAAGCCAUGGAUCCCAGACACCCCAAUAUGAUGACAGAUGUGGUUAAACUUCUCUCUGCGGUAUGCAUUGUAGGGGAGGAAAGCAUCCUUGAAGAAGUUUUAGAAGCUUUAACUUCAGCUGGUGAAGAGAAAAAAAUUGACAGAUUUUUUUGUAUUGUGGAAGGCCUCCGCCACAAUUCAGUUCAACUGCAAGUAGCUUGUAUGCAACUCAUCAAUGCCCUGGUUACAUCUCCUGAUGAUUUGGACUUUAGGCUUCACAUCAGAAAUGAAUUUAUGCGUUGUGGAUUGAAAGAGAUAUUGCCAAAUUUAAAAUGCAUUAAGAAUGAUGGCCUGGAUAUCCAACUUAAAGUCUUUGAUGAGCAUAAAGAGGAAGAUUUGAUUGAGUUAUCCCAUCGCCUCGAAGAUAUUAGAGCUGAACUUGAUGAAGCAUAUGAUGUUUACAACAUGGUGUGGAGCACAGUUAAAGAAACUAGAGCAGAGGGAUAUUUUAUUUCUAUUCUUCAGCAUCUUUUGCUGAUUCGAAAUGAUUAUUUUAUAAGGCAACAGUACUUCAAAUUAAUUGAUGAGUGUGUAUCCCAGAUUGUAUUGCAUAGAGAUGGAAUGGAUCCAGACUUCACAUAUCGAAAAAGACUAGAUUUAGAUUUAACCCAGUUUGUAGACAUUUGCGUAGAUCAAGCAAAACUAGAAGAGUUUGAAGAGAAAGCAUCAGAACUUUAUAAGAAAUUUGAAAAAGAGUUUACCGACCACCAAGAAACUCAGGCUGAAUUGCAGAAAAAAGAGGCAAAGAUUAAUGAGCUUCAAGCAGAGCUACAAGCUUUUAAAUCUCAGUUUGGUGCCUUACCAGCUGAUUGUAAUAUUCCUUUGCCUCCCUCUAAAGAAGGUGGAACUGGCCACUCAGCACUUCCUCCUCCGCCUCCAUUGCCUUCUGGUGGAGGGGUGCCGCCUCCACCCCCUCCCCCACCACCUCCUCCACUUCCAGGAAUGCGGAUGCCAUUCGGUGGUCCUGUGCCUCCACCACCUCCCCUGGGAUUCCUUGGAGGACAAAAUUCUCCUCCUCUACCAACCCUGCCAUUUGGGUUGAAACCAAAGAAAGAAUUUAAACCUGAAAUUAGCAUGAGAAGAUUGAAUUGGUUAAAGAUCAGACCUCAUGAAAUGACUGAAAACUGUUUCUGGAUAAAAGUAAAUGAAAAUAAGUAUGAAAAUGUGGAUUUGCUUUGUAAACUUGAGAAUACAUUUUGUUGCCAACAAAAAGAGAGAAGAGAAGAGGAAGAUACUGAAGAGAAUAAAUCAAUUAAGAAAAAAAUUAAAGAACUUAGGUUUCUAGAUUCUAAAAUUGCCCAGAACCUUUCAAUCUUCCUGAGCUCUUUUCGGGUGCCAUAUGAGGAAAUCAGAAUGAUGAUAUUGGAGGUAGAUGAAACACGGUUGGCAGAGUCUAUGAUUCAGAACUUAAUAAAGCAUCUUCCUGAUCAAGAGCAAUUAAAUUCAUUGUCUCAGUUCAAGAGUGAAUAUAACAACUUAUGUGAACCUGAGCAGUUUGCUGUCGUGAUGAGCAAUGUGAAGAGACUACGGCCACGGCUCAGUGCUAUUCUCUUUAAGCUUCAGUUUGAAGAGCAGGUGAACAACAUCAAACCUGACAUCAUGGCUGUCAGUACUGCCUGCGAAGAGAUAAAGAAGAGCAAAAGCUUUAGCAAGUUGCUGGAACUUGUUUUGCUAAUGGGAAACUACAUGAAUGCUGGCUCUCGGAAUGCUCAAACCUUCGGAUUUAACCUUAGCUCUCUCUGUAAACUAAAGGACACAAAGUCAGCAGAUCAGAAAACAACGCUACUUCAUUUCCUGGUGGAAGUAUGUGAAGAGAAGUACCCUGAUAUACUGAAUUUUGUGGGUGAUUUGGAACCUUUAGACAAAGCUAGUAAAGUCUCUGUAGAAAUGCUGGAAAAGAAUUUGAGGCAGAUGGGAAGGCAGCUUCAACAGCUUGAGAAGGAAUUGGAAACCUUUCCCCCUCCUGAGGACUUGCAUGACAAGUUUGUGACAAAGAUGUCCAGAUUUGUUAUCAGUGCAAAAGAACAAUAUGAGACAGUUUCGAAGUUACACGAAAACAUGGAAAAGUUAUACCAGAGUAUAAUGGAAUACUAUGCCAUUGAUGUGAAGAAGGUGUCCGUGGAAGACUUUCUUACUGACCUGAAUAACUUCAGAACCACAUUCAUGCAAGCAAUAAAGGAGAACAUCAAAAAAAGAGAAGCAGAGGAAAAAGAAAAACGUGCCAGAAUAGCUAAAGAAUUAGCAGAGAGAGAAAGACUUGAACGCCAACAAAAGAAAAAGCGUUUGUUAGAAGUGAAGACUGAGGGUGAUGAGACAGGAGUGAUGGAUAAUCUGCUGGAGGCCUUGCAGUCCGGGGCUGCCUUCCGCGACAGAAGAAAAAGGACACCGAUGCCGAAAGAUGUUCGGCAGAGUCUCAGUCCAAUGUCUCAGAGGCCUGUUCUGAAAGUUUGUAACCAUGAAAAUCAGAAAGUGCAGUUGACAGAAGGGUCACGUUCACACUACAAUAUCAAUUGCAACUCAACAAGGACUCCGGUCGCCAAGGAGCUUAAUUAUAAUCUAGACACUCAUACGUCUACCGGGAGGAUCAAGGCAGUUGAGAAGAAGGAAGCCUGUAAUGUAGAAAGCAACAGAAAAAAGGAAACAGAACUUCUUGGCUCUUUUUCUAAAAAUGAAUCAGUUCCCGAAGUUGAAGCCCUGCUGGCAAGAUUACGAGCUUUAUAAGUUAAACUGGUUUAAAAAAAAUGAUUAAGCCAAAUAUAAAGCCAUGCUCUAAACUAUAACACUUGAAAAAAUUGCUUUUAUGUAAGUGACUUUAUAUAGUUUUAAAUUAUGACAUAUAUUAGAAAAAUAAAGCUAAAUAUAUGAUUGCAAUGCUUUUUCUGUGUACUGGAGGUUUUGGUUUAUUCAAGAUUGUAAUGGGCUUUAAUGCUUUUUUUUUUUUUUUGUCUCCUGGUAUUCCUCUGUUCUAUAUUUGGUGGUUAAAUUAUACAUAUUGCUUUAGAGAGCAGGUAGGUGGCCAUGUGUUCAGCAGUGUGUCCUUAAGAAAAUACCAUCUUUCUAAGCCACUGGAAUUUUUACUUUACUAUUUUUAAUCCAUUAACGGAUGUCAGGUCAUCAACCUCAAGUCUUUACAUAUCCAUGUAUAUUCCACAUAUAUUGUUUAUAUAGGCCCAGGUUUCUCCCUAAUUGGGAUGUAUAUACUACCAGCACAACAUCAAAAACAUGUAAUUGAAUACAUUAGGGCUAUAUAUGUAAGGAAAUGACUGGUGACCUCAUUAUCAUCAUUGUUGAAUUUGUGUUAAGUAGACCCUCUAGGGGACCAUAAAGCAAUACAGCACAUAACAAAAAAAGAUGCAAUAAGAACAUAUGCACUCUCUUUGCCAAAUGCAUGUGCUUUUGUGUAACGUGGAUAUAAACAGUAUUGCAGUGCUGCCGAAACUCUUGGUCUUAGCUAAGAGAGUAUUUUCCCCUUGUAAUUAUGACUCUGAGAUAAAAUUGCCAUUUUGAAAUUUCCAAAGUAACAACAUUUUUUUAUUUUAUGAAUAAACUUGGAAUUGCAAUUUCUCUGAUCUGACAAUCAAUAACUUUAACAAAGAUCUAAAUAAGUGUGUCAAGGAAAGUUUUCCUAUGCAAAUGUAAUAUUACCUCAUUUGGGCAUCAUUGCUCUGUUAAUUCUAUAUCAAAGAAAAUAAACUUGCUACUUGCACUAAAUGAAAAAAAA